AUGAGCGUUCCAAAUAACUCCUUUUUUGUUGUAAAAUCCAACGAGCAAAUUCCCGGUGUCAUUAAAAAUUAUGCAGAAGAAAGAAAAAAAAAAAAAAAAAAAAUGGAGCAAGAAAAAUAUAGCACGAUACUCGUUGGAGGUUAUUCGAAAAAGGUUGUAGAAAAGGAUAAUGAUAUAUAUAAAGAAAAUAAUAUAUGUAGAAGUAAUAAUAUAUAUAAAGAAAAUAAUAUAUAUGAUAAUAAUCAUGUAUAUAAUCAUAGUAAUAAAAAUGAAAAGAAAAAAAAAAUGGUAAGAAAUAGUUUCAUUUCAGAAAAGGAAAAAUUGAACAUCUUAGAAAACUUGAGAAGAAUAAAUAUAACAAAAGAUGAAGAUAUAUCAGAGAUUUCACCCAAAAAAAAUAAUUUAUUUCCUUAUCAUUCUUUUUAUAUAAAUCAUAUGAAUAAAAAUGAAAUACAAUAUUGUGAUAUAAAUAAGGACAAUAUGAAACAUGUACAUAGUUGUCAUAAUAAGCAACAAGAAAAAAAUAUGAAAGAUAUGAAGGAUAUGAAAGAUAUGAAAAAUAUGAAAAAUAUGAAAAAUAUGAAAAAUAUGAAAGAUAUGAAAGAUAUGAAAGAUAUGAAAGAUAUGAAAGAUAUGAAAAAUAUGAAAGAUAUGAAAAAUAUGAAAGAUAUGAAAAAUAUGAAAAAUAUGAAAGAUAUGAAAAAUAUGAAAAAUAUGAAAAAUAUGAAAGAUAUGAAAAAUAUGAAAGAUAUACAAAAUAAUAAUAAAAUUAACAUUAUGUAUAAAAAUUACAACAAUAAUAAUGUUAUAGAAAGAGAAGAAUAUAUAAACAAUGAAAAUUUAUUUUUUAAAGAAGAUAUCUUGAAUGAUCAAAAGGAUAAUGUACAAAAUAAAGAAUAUAUAAAAAAAAAGAAAAUGAACAUAAUAUAUGAAAAAACAAUAUAUGACGAUAAUUUAAACAAAAAAAAACAGAUAUCUAAUAAAUACAUGUGUAAUACAGAAGUUAUGUAUAAUAAUAAAAAAGAUCAUAUCAAAAAAUUAUCUCCACAUAAUAACAAUAAUAAAUAUAUAAAAACAUUCUCAGAAAAAGAUACCUUUUAUUCUACGAAAACGCAGCACGAUUCAAAGAAAAACAAAAAUUAUUGGUCACAUAUGAAUUUGAAAAGAAGUGAGAAAAAAACAUUAAAGGAAAAGAAAAAUGAGAUGAACGUAUCGACGUUAAAGGAAAAGAAAAAUGAGAUGAACGUAUCGACAUUAAAGGAAAAGAAAAAUGAGAUGAACGUAUCGACAUUAAAGGAAAAGAAAAAUGAGAUGAACGUAUCGACAUUAAAGGAAAAGAAAAAUGAGAUGAACGUAUGGACAUUAAAGGAAAAGAAAAAUGAGAUGAACGUAUGGACAUUAAAGGAAAAGAAAAAUGAGACUUACAUAUCAACAUUAAAGGAUAUUAACAAAGGAAACCAAAGAGGUUAUUUUAAAACAGAAGAAAAUAAAAUAUAUAAAAAUAAUAAGAACAAUAAGAAUGAUAAGACACAUAUUAAUAAUAUUGAUAAUAUUGAUAAUAUUAAUAAUAUUGAUAAUAUUGAUAAUAUUAAUAAUAUUGAUAAUGUUAAUAUGCGUGAUCAUUUUUAUAAUCAUCAUAAAAAAGAUAAUAUUAAUAAUUCUUCUAGUACACAAUAUGGAAAUAUUAUAAAGAAACAAAAUUGUUAUACAAAUAAUAUAUUUAAAUUAAAUAAUUCUUCUUUCUUAAAAAACAAUAAAGAUAAAUAUAGUGACGACAAUAUUUUUUUAUCAAACGACUUUAUAAAUUCUAGUAAUAUUUUUAUUAACAAUUAUUCAUCAAAUAAUUCUUUAAAACUUACCGUAUCAUCUUCAUCAUCUAAUAUUAUUUCAUCCGUAUCUUCAUAUGAAACCCCUCAAAAAGAAAAAAAAAAAACCAAAAAAAAAAAAAAUGGAAACACCCUGGAUAUUAUAAAAGAGACGGGAAAUCAUAAUAAUCUUCACCAAGAAAUUGAAUAUAAUAAAAACCAUUCUGAAGAUAUACCAAAAAUUAAUAGUAUAGGUAAAGACAUGUAUUGUGAAGAAUAUUGUAUGGAUAAAAAUGAAUACAUUAAAAAGGAAACAACAUAUAAUAAUAAUAAUAAUAAUAACAAAAAUAUUAAUCAUAAUAAUAAUAAUAACAAAAAUAUUAAUCAUAAUAAUAAUAAUCAUAAUAAUAAUCAUAAUAAUAAUCAUAAUAAUAAUCAUAAUAAUAAUCAUAAUAAUAAUCAUAAUAAUAAUCAUAAUAAUAAUCAUAAUAAUAAUAAUAAUCAUAAUAAUGAUAAUUAUUUUCCUAUAUCUAAUAACCUUACAACAUAUAUAUAUAAAAAUAACAUGAACAAAGAUAUUUAUAAUACAUGCAAUAAAGAAAAUAAAAAUAUUCCAAUCAUCAAAUUAGAUAUAUCAGAUAAUAUCAUAAAAUAUACAAAAGUUGUAAAAAAAUUGAAAAGAAAUAUAUUAUGCAUCAUAAACAAAUUUAUACAAACAAAUAAUGGAAAAAAGAAAAACCCACAUUUUUAUACACACAAACAUUUUAUCAAGUUUAUUAACAAAAUUAAAAAAAUAUUAAAAAAUAAUAAAACAAAAAAUGAUAUUUUCUACAAACAAUCCAAAAAUAAAAAAAGGAACAUUUAUCAUCUAUUUUUAGAAUAUAAUCAAAACGUUUUGUUGGUACAAAAAUAUUUGAAAAAAAAAAAAAUCUUAAUAAAAUAUAUAAACCAAUUAUUUGAAAAACAUGUUCUUCCUUCUUAUAACAGCUCUAAUGAAAAUGGGAUCAAUCAAGCAAUUUUCGAACAAAUGAAAAAAGAAAAAAAACUAUUUCUUCAAAAUAUUUUUACUUUAAAGAAAAAAUCAUUAAACAAAAAUACGGACAUUCUACAAUUUCUUCCAAAAAAUAAGAAACAGGAAAUAAAUUAUACAAAUCAUAAAGAUGAAAAUAUUAAUAAGACUAAUGAUAUAUGUCCUAAACCUAAUGUAUGUGAACAUUUUUCAUACUUCUUAAAUAAUAAAAAUGAACAAGAAGAACACAAAAAGCAUUCAUCAUCUCUAAAGCAAAUAAAUAGAUAUUAUUCAGAGAAACAUAAAAAGAAUUAUAAUGAUUAUAAAAAAAAUUAUCAUAAAAAUGGUAAACAAAAUUAUUCGAAAAAAUAUCCACGAAGAUCAUCAUCACUUGUAUAUUCAAAUGCAAAAAAAAGCAUUAACAUUAAUAAUAAUGAUAAUAAUAAUAAUGAUGAUAAUAAUGAUAAUAAUAAUGAUAAUAAUAAUGAUAAUAAUAAUGAUAAUAAUAAUGAUAAUAAUAAUUUUAUAAAUUCUUAUGCCAAUUCAUAUUUUUCAAAAAACACAAAAUUAAUUAACACUUUAUCAGAUGAAAAAAAAAAAAAAAAGUUUCCGCAUAAACAAACAAAUUCAAACAGACAAAUAAAUAUACACAAUGAAAAAAAAGGUAAUCAAAUUAAUACUUACGAGGAAGAUAAAAAAAAAAAUACCCUUAUCGUUGAAACAAUCCAAAAGGUAGUUGGUCUGAUGUACAACGAAAAUGACAAAAUGGCUAGUCAAACAAGUCAAACAAAUAUUAAAGACAAUUUUAAAAAUGAAAUGAAUACGACUAAAAUGUUAGAAAAAUUAUCAAACGUAAACAUGUCGAGUGAAAAAUUAUCAAAUGUUAACAUGUCAGGUGAAAAAUUAUCAAAUGUUAACAUGUCAGGUGAAAAAUUAUCAAAUGUUAACAUGUCAGGUGAAAAAUUAUCAAAUAUUAACAUGCCAGGUGAAAAAUUAUCAAAUGUUAACAUGUCAGGUGAAAAAUUAUCAAAUGUUAACAUGUCAGGUGAGAAAUUAUCAAAUGUUAACAUGUCAGGUGAGAAAUUAUCAAAUGUUAACAUGUCAGGUGAAAAAUUACCAAAUAUAUGUUCAACAAAUGAAGUACAAAUAGAUCAUUUAGAAUUAAAUAAAAUAAGAAAGAAAAAAGUAGUAUCACACGACAAUUUAAAUAAUAUAUCCAGUAGAUAUACGAGUAUUAAUAAAAGCAUUGUUGAAAAUAAUAAAUUAUAUCAUAAUUUAAUAGACCAUCAGGAUAGAUGUGUUAAUUUGAAAAACCAGGAUGAUUUAUACUGUCCUUAUAAUAAUGUAAAUGCAGCAAAUAAUAACAAUAAUAAUAAUAUAAUGAAUUUUUCCAAUAUUGAUAACAUUAAAAUAAAUAUAAUUAAUAAUAGUAUUCAAGAUAAUUUAAAUGAAAAGAAUUAUUAUAUAAUUAAUGAAAAUGGAAAGAAUUAUAAAGGUAUGAAUAUAAAUAAUAUGGAUAUACAACAAACUAGUUUUAAUAAACAUAAUGAACAUUUAAUAAAUAAUAAAAUUAAAAUAAUAAAAAAUAAUAAAAAAUUCUUAUGCGAUACUGAUACUCUUUUUUAUGAAAAUAAUGUACGCCCUGUAAAAAUAAUUCAAAAAAGAGGAAAUAACAAUAAUAUAAUUAAUAAAAUUAAAAAACAUAUCUACAAAAAUUAUAAUAAUGCACUUGUUUUCUUGAAAAAACAAAUAUAUAAAACCAAUUGGUUAAUUCAUAAAAAUAAAAAAAAAUUAUGGGAAAGUCCAUAUGUACAUCGUUUUCAACAAAAAAUCAAAUACCACCUUGCAAAUUUCAAAAGUAUGUCUCAUUCCUUUUCUUCUAAUAUCAAACAAAAUUAUUUCAACAAUAUUCAACCAAAUAAGGAAAGAAUACACAAAAUAAAUCACUUCAUAUGUAAUGGUCCGUAUAUAAAUUCAAAAGUAUGUCAUUUAUCACCACCACGUGUUACGAAUGUAGGAUCACCCAUAAUAUUUAGAAGAAGGAAAAUAUAA